AUGAUUCGGUAUGCCAAGUUGGAGGAUGCCAAGCUCUACUUUUGUAGUCUCAACACUGAUCGCUGGAAGCUCAAGUCCAAUCCUGAUCUGAUUCCAGAUGGAGAGGUCAUCUCACUCUCACAGUAUCCAACAACAAAGUCAUUGAAGGAUGUACUGGCCGAGCACCUUAGCCGUGCCAAUAUGCCAAAAGAUGAGGACCAGUACAAGGCGGCUGCCUCUAAGAUCGCUGUCAUCGAGUAUCCUAUCACAUUGCUCAAGGGUGGCCUGGAGAUAUACGACAUACCAGGCGAUUGUUCGGAUGAUAUGGCAUGGCAAAAGGAGCUGCGACAGUCCUUCCUGAGGACAUUCGACCCGUAUGGAGUAGUCUUCUGUUUCGAAUCCGAUGUAUUCACCGACACGGUGAUGAAUACCUACAACGACAUGGCAUAUUCGAGAUUGGCGGAUGUUAACAUCGAGCUGAGGAACACAUCAAGGACAUUCUUUGCCAACACCAAGUUCGAACUAUUCUCUUUCGCAUAUGACAUUGACAGGGAUCUCCCCUUAGAGGAGGUGACGAAUGACAUGAUCUCCGAGGAGGAGAAGAUAUGUAUUGAAACAAUUCUCAGUCGCACCAAGUCCGAUGGCUUCAAAGAAUACACGUACUCGCUAGUCAACACAGUCGAGAAUAGUGAGGGCUGCGGUGAAUGGAUCUUUGACCGCUUCAUCAAGCGCCUGGCCACAUGGAUCGUAUCACUGCAACAAUGUCGAUUUGCCAUGGACUACAGGCGCAUUGCCGAUGGAUGUAACACAUUCUUCCAAAACUACAACGUCAUGCGACCCAAGACCAUAGCCAACAUUGCCAAACAGUCAUGGCUUGGCAAUGGUAAAGAGGCAAUGGAGAAUCUGAGACCGAUCCUCUUGACAAUGAUUGACACGAUCUUGAAGAGUAUUGUACAACACUUUGAAGACUUCUUGACUGAGCACGACCUCUACAACAAGUCCGUCGACAAGGCCAAGUCGAUCGUGCACCCAGAGCAUGAUGAUUCCACUAUCAGCUCAGCUGUGGAGAAGUCAAUGAUGUUAGUCUUUGACAGGACGGACGUGCUUCAGAAUGAUUUUCUUUUGGACGUCAUUCAACAGUCAUUCUUGGCAAUCUUCUUAAAGAAUGUCUCAACCGACAAGAUUGUGAUCGGAUCAGUUGGCGGUAUCAUCCCAUCAAUGAUCUCACUACUGGUUGUUCCAAAGAAGAUUGACGAUGACUUCAAGGUGAAGCUGACCAACAAAGUAUUCAACAAGAUCAGACAGCAGGUCAAGGCGAUGGACAUGCGCACCAAACUGGCAGAGAUAAUCAACAAAACAAUCGAUUCACUCAUUGAUAAUAUUCCACUGCGACUCAGAGAUCUUAAGAAGCUGUACGAAGAGCAGGAUGACAUGGACGAACUCAAGCCCAAGUUUGGAAAGAUUGGAGCUGAGGCCUUGUCAACGCUCUCGAACUUGAUGGACCCGUCAUACAGACCACUGAUUAGCUCAGCCGAUGAGGACAUUGGUGGCAAUAUGUACAAGGGUACACUCAAGGGUGUACCAGUGGCCAUCAAGACCAUUUCAUAUAGCAUCAUGAUUGGUGAAGAUGACGAGAUGGCAGAGAGCAUGUUCUUUGAAGAGUUAAACAACAGCUACCAACUCACAAAAAUUUACCGAACAUCAAAGUACCUGAUUCCACUGCUUGGUGUAUUCAACGAUGAGAUCAAGAUGGAGUGGCAGAUUGUCUAUCCACUAUACGACUGUAAUCUUUUCAACUACUUGCAGCGCAGGAUCACCAAUGGCAACAUCCUCAAAUGGUCUGAGACACUUUCAAUCGCCAUCGAUGUGGCGACUUGCAUUGGACUACUUCAUAAGAACAAAAUCAUUCACAGAGACAUCAAGCUUGAGAACAUCUUCAUCAACUUCAACAAGAAUACCGAGGUGAUCACUCACCUCAUUCUAGUCAACUAUGGCGCCACCAAUACCAAUGUCGAACAUUCACUCGAUAUCAAGCGCAACGAAGAUCAUCACUAUACAAUGGAGACAGAGUCAGUUGAUAUCUAUUCACUAAGUUGCAUACUCUACGAGUUGGUUCCAAGGAAUACACUCCAACGAUCACACAAUAACGACUUCACAAACAUCCAUGGCGCACCAGAUGAGUAUCGCCAACUAAUAAUGGAUUGUGCCCAAAUCUAUCCAAACUUGCGACCAAACAUCAACGAAGUGCGGAAGACUCUGUCCUCCAUUGUACAUGGAUUAACUAGACAUAAAUAA